AUAAAUCUUUGGUAACUCCGCUCCGAAUCCCUCUAACUCCCUCUGCUUUAUAUCCUCCGGAAACUCUUUCACAAUGUCAUUCGCCUUUCGCCAAUAUCUCCGUCACCUCUAACGGCAAUGAACGGCGCAGCGUUGGCCCCCCUUCACGCCCCGUCGUGCGGGCUUAAACACAGGCCCGUAACUAACGGCGACAACGUUAACGGCGUCCGUAGCAGGGACACGGGGAAGGAAGAGAAGAAGAGAGCCGCCUCGUUUAUGACGUGGACGGCGGAGGAUGUGGCGCACGUGGCCAGGUUCCAUUGGGUGCCUUGUUUGUUUGGGGUGGCGCUGCUGUUCUUCAUGGGCGUGGAGUACACGCUCCGGAUGAUUCCGCCGUCCUCCGCUCCCUUUGAUCUGGGAUUCGUCGUCACGCGCCCACUCCAUCGCCUGCUCGUCGCGCGACCCGAGCUCAACACCUUGCUGGCGGCCCUUAAUACGGUGUUUGUGGGAAUGCAAACAACAUAUAUUCUGUGGACGUGGUUGAUAGAGGGCCGCCCAAGGGCGACAAUCUCCGCUCUCUUCAUGUUCACUUGCCGGGGAAUCCUAGGUUACUCCACGCAGCUUCCAUUGCCUCAGGGAUUUUUGGGCUCUGGUGUGGACUUCCCGGUAGGGAAUGUAUCUUUCUUCCUAUUCUACUCGGGUCACGUGGCGGGGUCGGUAAUUGCGUCGUUGGACAUGCGGCGGACGCAACGGUGGGAAUUGGCCUGGUUAUUUGACGGGCUGAAUGUUCUCCAAUCCGUGAGGCUGCUGGGUACGAGGGGUCACUAUACAAUUGAUUUGGCUGUCGGGGUCGGUGCCGGAAUUCUCUUUGAUUCUCUGGCCGGAAAGUACGAAGAGAGCAAAAGGAAAGCAGCAAUUGCUGCCGUCCUACUGUGACCAAAGAGAGGCUUAAGUGUCUCUUUACAUGAAAAAAUUGGAAGAAGAAAGAAAAAUCGAGAAAGAGAAUUUGGGAAUGUGGAAAGCACGUUUGAAAUGUCAAAAAAGAUGGUGGGAAAUGUGAUUUGUGAAGAGGGAGAGAGAGAGGGAGGAGCUGAGUGAGGUCAACUGCUACCAUGGCCGCUCUUUUUCCACCACAAUACGUCGGCUUUUGUUGAGGUAUUUUCCAUGUUUAAAAAGUUGCUCACAUUUGGAUUUUGGGUCUCCAAGGAAUUAAUACAUACAAGUUGAAGGCAAAAAGAGGCUGUGGGAGAUAGUGGGGAAGGGUUUUAACCCUAUUCUUUUUCUAUUUGUAUGUUUAGGUGGAUAUAUAGGCUGCAAAAUAAUAACUAUUAGCAAUUAGAUCUCUUCUCUGCUAAUCUCUUUCGAUUGUCAUAAAUGGGAUAGACCUUAAAUUAUUUGAGACCCUUAAAUUAUUCUCUCAAAG